CAAACAUCCUCCUGCCGCAAACACGAUGGAUCGUGCUGCUGUGCUAUUUUUGUUGGGUUGUCCAUAUUGCUCUUCAGUAGCUCCAACUCAUCAGUGCUAGUAUAUCCUCGACGGAAUGUGGCAACUCUUGCUUCUUGGGCGGCUGGCUGGACAUGUUGACAUGGGCAACCGUUGUGGACGACUACAGUAUGCUUGUUAGACGAAGCUGGAGAUCGAGAUUGAGGGAGGUUCGAAGCACAACAACAGCGCGCAAAGGCGCACCGCAAAGAUACAAAUUCGAUUACAGCUUCACUUCGACUGAUCAUUCGAAUUGCUUCCUUCGAAUUGAAUGGAUCUUUGGAUCCAAACGACCUGAAUGACCUGUGACUGUCACGUCAAAGGGAUCAUCCCUCAUCUUUCUCAGUCCCCACAAAGGCUUUUGCGAGAGGCACUGUAUUGGAGUGGAUAACAAGAUCAGCCCUACUAGUACCAAGACAAAUGAGGUUUCCUAUCAUUGCAUCAGCUGUAUUGCUGGGCGUUUCUUCUUCUUGCUUGCAUUGUUCUGCCUUUGUCAUUCCAAAGUCUUGCUUUGAAGACCAUUCUGCAAGACGCACUGGUCCCACACGAACUCCUCUUUUGAUCAGUAAAACGGAUGCUUCCAAUAUCGAGGCAGUGUUGCCAUCCAAUGAUGAUUAUGAAGGAGAGGAUAUCAGCAAGACAGAUUUUGUCGUUUGUGGAGGAGGACCAGCGGGUCUACUCAGUGCCAUCAUGCUGGCAAACAAGUUUCCAAACCAAAAAGUCAAGCUGUACGACCGUCUCCAGCCACCUCCCAAACCAACCGAUGAAGAUGCCUGGAGCGACGUGGCACGGUUUUACCUGAUUGGAUUGGGAUCCCGUGGACAACGAGCCCUGGAAUCAUACAAUGUCCUGAACGAAGUCGACAAAUUUUCCGUCAAAGUCAUUGGACGCAAGGAUUGGGCUCCGGAUGCCGAGGAAGGCGUCGAACGAAUCUUUGAUGAUCGAAAGGUACAGACCAUUGUCAUGCCGCGAGACAAACUCGUGGGAGUCCUACAUGAACACAUUCUACAAAAUUACAACAACAAUCAAAUUGAACUCAAUCACGGAUACGAAAUUCAACCCGUCAAUUUUGAAUAUUCAACCACCCAAGACGGCACGAGCAACCGAGUCCUUCUGCGAGCUUCCCAAUGCUCACCUGCCGUCUCCAACGUUGCGGCAUCGGAAGAAAAAACAGCACAAGAACAACAGGAAGAUGUGCUCUGUGAUACACAAAAUUCCACACUGAUCUCGGCACAACUGCUCAUUGCCGCCGAUGGAACCGUACGAACCAUUGCCAAUGCCAUUCAAGCCAAGGACGAACAAGAAAAGAAAUCAUCCAUAUUUGGCAAACGUCCACUCCAAGUCAAACGAUUUCCAGACGACAAUCGACGCAUUUACAAAACCAUCCCCAUGACGCUGCCACCGGAUUGGAGAGGCGAUGUCAAUUACUCGGCACGAUCCAAGAGUUCUCGGGUUGUGUUCGAUGCACUGCCGGCCAAUGAUCAAAAUCAAUACUGCGGGGUAUUGUUGCUGAGAGAAACCGAUGAGUUGGCCAAACCCAAUACCGAUCCAGCUGCUUUGCGACGAGAGCUGGACGAAUCCUUGCCGCAAUUCAGUGCCAUUGUCGACGAUGAGGUAGUGGCGACCGUCGCCAAGAAGCCGCCUUCGUAUUUACCAGGAUUCCGCUACGUUGGACCACGUUUACACGAAGGAGACAAUACCAUUAUUCUGGGGGAUUGUGCGCAUACCGUUAAACCGUACUUUGGACUCGGUGCCAAUAGUGCCUUGGAAGACGUCAGGAUUCUGGGAGACAUCAUUGAUGAAACUGAUACGCUCAGCGAUGCUGUGCGGAAAUUUUCCAAAACACGAGCCAUCGAAGCCAAGAAACUUGUCACCAUCUCACGAGAGCUUGACCGACCCGGUGGUCUAGGCUUUAUCACAUUCAUUCUGCCCAUCAUUUUGGAUGCCAUCUUUCAUAAAAGUUUCCCCAAAGUAUUUUCACCCAACGUCAUUACCAUGCUUCAACGAGAUGAUUUGACAUUUAAACAAGUCGCGCGAAAAAAGAGAAUGGACCGAUUGGCACAGGUGGGAAUUUUGGUGGGGAGUGGAUAUGGGAUGGUAGCGGGAACCAAGUUCGUCUUGAAAUCCAUUGCCAAGGCAUUGGGACGAAAAACGUCCACUGUCACAGCGGGGAUUGGGGCUGCCAUGGUUGGCAUUAUUCUGCUACAAAAGCUACUGCCAUUCUUAGUUCCCGGGCUGGCACCAGCCGAUGUCAUGACUCGCACAGACACUCCCGGCAAGAGUUGAGUGAUGGAUGUUGAUCAUAGCUAGCUAGCUUUUGCUAAUACCGCAUAUGCACGUUGACCUAAUUUUAAAAGACGUCUUGCUUGUUGAGUACCUACAUCAUGCUACUCGUACACAACAAGGUCCUUCCAAACACCGUGAUAACGCAAUAAGUGAACUCAGAUCAUUCCUUUCCACUUGUUGAUUGCAGCCUCAGUGCCUCCCUCUCCCAUAAUGUCAUCCACUCCAUCCCUGGUCAACACUUUGCCUGUCUUGGCCUCAAGAAGGAUCAACGUUGGAAUUCCCGACUUUCGAUCCUCUGGUUUCAUAUUUAGAGUGGACACUUCCUUGGCAGCGCAGGACCCAAAAUGACGCUUCAAAUUGGACCUCUCUUCCACGUUCUCAAAAGGAACAAAGCCCCAGCCCUCAGAGGGAAGGUUUCCUUUGAGUUGCUCUUCCGAAUUAUCAGAUGACACGUAGACCAAGUCAAACAGCUUGUCAGCUGGUUGUUUCUUGGAAAAUGCUUCAUCUACAACAGGAGUAACACCUGUGCAAUCAGGACACCAUGCACUGGCAAAGUAGAGUGCCAAGAUGGGAGCUGGGGAUGAGAUUGGUUUGGAAAGUGAUGGGAAUUGCUUGGCCAAUUCUUCCGCAGUGAGAUCCUUGGCAGGAAGUAAUCCUUUCCACUUGUUGAUGGCAGUGUCAGUCCCUCCCACUCCCAUAAUGUCAUCCACUCCAUCUCUGGUCAACACUUUUCCUGUCUUGGCCUCAAGAAGGAU